UACCUAAAUUGGCGGAUUUACGGAACCGGAAGUGACAUUAUUUCGAAAAUAUUAGAAUAAUUGUGAAAAUCUAAAUCAAUCCAUCCGAUCAUGUCUGCCGAAGAGAAAAACUCGGAAGAGGUAGAGUCACCUGAAAUACAUUUUGAACCAAUUGUUCAGCUACCUGCUGUGGAGUUACCCACACUAGAAGAAGAGGAGGAGGAAAUUAUACACAUGAGAGCAAAGCUGUUUAGAUUUGACCAAUCAGAUGAACCAGCUCAAUGGAAGGAAAGGGGUACAGGGACAGUGAAGUUGUUACGUCACAAGAAAUCCAAUCUUGUAAGAGUAUUAAUGAGAAGAGACCAGACUCUGAAACUAUGUGCCAAUCAUUAUGUACAGCCAGAAAUGGAGUUAAAGCCUAACUGUGGAAGUGACCGGGCUUGGGUAUGGACAACGACAGCUGAUUUCUCAGAUGGUGAAGCCAGCUCUGAACUUUUAGCAAUUAGAUUUGCUAAUGCAGAAAAUGCUCAGAAGUGGAAGGAAAAGUUUACUGAAGCUCAGCAGAUAAUGAGGAAGGCUAUACCAAGUCAUAAUGAUUCCAUUAGUAAAGAAGCAAACACUAGUGUAGAUAAUGGUAAAGAAAACACCGAGGAAACAAAAGCAUCAGGGGACAAGGAGGAGAAUAAAUCUGAUGAAACAGACAAAUCGGACAAGGAGACUGAUUCUGUGGCUGACAAAUUAACUAACUUAACUGUGAAAGAAAAUGGUGAUAAGGCAAAAGACAAUGAAGAGAAAACAAUAGAGAAUAAGACAGAAAAUGAAGAAAAGAGUUAAAGAAAAACUAGGAUAUGUAAUUUAGGUGAAAAUGUUGUUUCGUCACUCUGAGACACAUACAAGAGGUUGUUCAGGAAAUGUUAUCUGGUCUAUUUAUAAACAAAAUACAGCUUUUUUGUAUUGAAGCUGUAUUGAUACAUAUUUAGAUGUCAAAUGAAAUGCCUGCAUUGUGCAUUACAUGACAGUCUGUUUAACACAGUAGGGGGUAUGUUUCUUGGUUUCUUUUUGCAUGACAAGGACUGUAUUAUUAGAAAAGUUAAAUGUUUUCUGUCUUGAAAAGGACAACUUUAUG